GUUUAAUUUAUUUAUUAUUUUUGACUUGUUGGAAGACUGAAGAAAAAGCAAUUUGUGGGGAAAAAAAUACAGUUGCUAGUGUAGGAAUUGUUGCGAGAGACAAGAUCAAAACCCUACUUCGAUCGAUCACUAGGAGAAGAAGAAGACGAUGCCUAGAUUCGGGGCUGGGAACAGAUCCGUCUCCAAGCUCGUGAUCACCAUCUGUGUUGCUGCUAUCCUGUUCUUGCCAUCUCUAUCGUAUGGAGCUCCACGUGGAAAGAGUUCUGUGUUUUCCUUGUUCAAUCUCAAGGAAAAGAGCAGGUUUUGGAGCGAGUCUGUCUUUCGUAGCGAGUUUGAUGAUCUGGAGUCUUCAGCCCACUCGAACUCCGGUGUGGUGAAUUACACAAAGGCAGGAACCAUUGCGAGUUACCUAGAGCUUAUGGAAGUUGAUGCUGUCUACCUCCCUGUGCCUGUCAAUUUCAUUUUCAUUGGGUUUGAUGGAAAAGGAAACCAAGACUUCAAACUUCUUCCUGAGGAACUUGAGCGUUGGUUCAGUAAACUUGAUCACGUGUUCGAACACACGCGAGUUCCUCAUACCAAAGAAGUUCCCAAUCCCUUUUACAAGACUAACAUUGAAAAGGAGUUGAGACACCAUCUUCCUAUCAUCAGUCGCCUCAACUACAACUUUUCUGUUCAUGCUAUACAAAUGGGGGAAAAGGUGACACAAGUAAUCGAACGCGCCAUCAAUGUUUUAGCACGCAAGGAUGACGUUUCUAGAGAUGAGGAAAAUGGUCUAAGACAAGUUGAUGUUGAGAUGAUGGAAUUCAUUUUCUCUAGCCUUGUCGAAUAUUUUCAUCUCGGGGAUGCAUACAAUGUAUUUGUUCUGAAUCCUAAACGUGAUAUUAAAAAAGGCAUAUAUGGAUACCGGAGAGGGUUUUCAGACUCCGAGAUAUCUUAUCUGAAAGAGAACAAGGACGUUAUUAAAAAACUUCUUCAGUCAGGAAAGCCGUCAGAAACUAUUUUAGCAUUUGAUAUGGUGAGGAAGCCAUUGUACCAGAAACAUCCAAUGCUUAAAUUUUCCUGGACAAAUGCGGAGGAGACUGAUACGGCCGAGUGGUACAAUGCAUGCCAGGAUGCUCUUAACAAAUUGGAACAGCUAUCCCAUGGUAAAGAUGCAGCCGAGCUCAUUCAGAGUAAGGUUUUGCAGUUGCUUCACGGGAAGAAUGAAGAUAUGAAGAUUUUUCUGGAAAAGGGUUUAAAAGCUGGAGAUAUUAGCAAUCUUAACGCAGAAUGUCUGACUGAUACUUGGAUCGGAAAGGGCAGGUGGGCAUUCAUCGAUUUAACUGCUGGCCCUUUUUCGUGGGGACCUUCUGUCGGUGGGGAAGGAGUGCGGACGGUACUUAGUUUGCCAAAUGUGGGAAAGACCAUUGGUGCAGUUGCAGAAAUAUCUGAAGAUGAAGCAGAAGAAAGACUUCAAGUUGCAAUUCAGGAUAAAUUUUCUGUAUUUGGAGAGAAAGAUCAUCAGGCUGUUGACAUUCUUCUAGCGGAGAUUGAUGUAUAUGAACUAUUUGCUUUUAAGCACUGCAAGGGAAGGAAGGUGAAGCUUGCUCUUUGUGAAGAACUUGAUGAGCGGAUGCGGGAUUUGAAAAUUGAGCUGCAGUCACUUGAAGGAGAUGCACAUGAUGAGGUUCAUCAGAGAAAAGCCAUGGAGGCACUCAAACGAAUGGAGAGCUGGAAUUUGUUUAGCGAUGAACAUGAGGAGUUCCAAAAUUACACAGUUGCACGAGAUACUUUCCUUGCACAUUUAGGUGCUACUCUCUGGGGAUCCAUGAGACAUAUAAUAUCCCCCUCAGUUGCCGAUGGUGCAUUUCAUCAUUAUGAGAAGAUCUCUUUUCAGCUUGUCUUCAUCACACAAGAGAAAGUUCGACAAGUCAAGCAGCUGCCAGUUGAUCUCAAGGCUCUUAUGGAUGGACUUUCUUCACUGUUGUUACCUUCUCAGAAACCUAUGUUCAGCCAACAUAUGUUAACCCUAUCUGAAGAUCCUGCCUUGGCUAUGGCAUUUUCAGUAUCCCGAAGGGCAGCUGCUGUGCCUCUAUUGCUUGUCAAUGGAACUUACCGGAAGACAGUUCGUUCAUAUCUCGAUUCAUCAAUCCUCCAGUACCAGUUACAGAGACUGAACGAUCACACUUCCCUUAAAGGAGGCCAUGCCCACAGCAGGGCUACUCUUGAAAUCCCUAUCUUUUGGCUCAUCAAUGGGGAUCCGCUGCUGAUUGACAAGCAUUAUCAAGCAAAGGCGCUUUCAAAUAUGGUCGUUGUUGUUCAAUCGGAGGCAUCUGCAUGGGAGAGCCAUUUGCAAUGCAAUGGUCGAUCACUUUUAUGGGAUCUAAGGAGCCCGGUGAAAGCGGCCAUGGCUUCUGUUGCUGAACAUCUAGCCGGAUUGCUUCCUCUUCAUCUUGUCUACAGUGUAGCUCAUGAAAGUGCAAUUGAGGACUGGACAUGGUCAGUGGGUUGCAAUCCAUUUUCAACAACUUCUCAAGGUUGGCAGAUUUCGCAGUUUCAAUCUGACACAAUUGCCCGGAGCUAUAUGAUUACGGCGCUUGAAGAGUCAAUACAAGCAGUGAAUUCAGGGAUUCAUCUUCUGCGGCUGGAGCGAACGAAUGAAAAAUCGUUUAAAAUCUUCAAAUCGAGGGAACGUGAGCUGAUGAACAAGUACAAGUACGUGAUCAGCCUAUGGAGACGACUUUCGAAUAUUGCGGGAGAGACGCGUUAUGGAGACGCAAUGAGAUUUCUGUAUACCUUAGAGGAAGCCACAAGCGGAUUCGUAAGAGAAGUGAAUGCAACAGUGGAGGUUUUGCACCCAAUUCACUGUUCAAAAGAGAGGAAGGUGAAAGUGGAAAUGGACAUGACGACAGUUCCCGCCAUGCUCGUAGUUCUGAUACUUCUUUACGCUGCCUUCAAGCCAAGAGCUCCUAAGCCAAAGAUCAACUGACGUUUUAAAAUGUAAACGAAGAAUCAAAAUCCCAUACAACCUUUUUUUUUUUUUGUCCCUUUAUUAAACAGUGAAGUUCAUCACUCUUUUUGUAUCUUCGCUUGGGCAAGAACUAUUGUAAUCUGUUAUCUGAUUCAGUUGCAAAAGUAUAGGAUUCAGAAGUAUAAAAAACGUGACUGACGAAGAUGGUGCUUAGAAAAGAUUGUGUGAACAGUAAAUAGACAAGGCUGAAAGAACUUUGACAAAAAAAAAGACAAGACAAGACAAGACUGAAAAGCCUAACUUGUGGUUGGGUCGGGAGUGGGGCCCACUGGAGACAACGAGAACAGCAUCUUUAACCAAUCUCGAAAAAACAAAGAUUCGUAAGAAAAUAAUAGAAAAUUUUGGUUCUGAGAGGCUAGAAAGUUCCGGAGACAUCGGAGGAACCCUAGAUUAAAUGAGAAGGAGAGAGAGAGAGAGAGAGAGAGAGAGUAAAAUCAUGGAGGAGGAGAAGAAGAAAGAGGGAUCGUAUAGGUACUGGGUGAGAGAAGCCACAGCGGACGCAGCUCCUCCUCCUCAGCCACAGAAGCUCACCAACAACGACGUCGUCGCUUCCAAUGCUCCUGCCCUCGGCUCCCUAUGGAAUCAGGUUUGCUAUUCCAUUUUCAUCAGUUAAAGUUCUUCUGUGCAUUCUCUUAAUUUUCCUUGUUUACAUAGGCUGGCACUUGGGAG